AUGGCCGUCAUCAUGAUGGCAAGCCUGGGCCCGAUCCUAAUUAUCACUGCAGUCCUCUUCCUCUGCUAUUUUGCAUGCGCUAAAACUUGGUGUGAGCAUUGUGCCAGCGAGGGCAAAGUGGAUGACAGUCGCAACUUAUCGAUCUGCAUGCCGAUCACAUACCUCAUCGAGGUUAUACCGCCGUUGCUGGAUCUUUUCGCCGGCCGCCCCACUCGAAAAUCAACACGUCGUAGUGUCCGAAUUGUAGCGCCUGAGGAAAGCAGCACUAUGGAUUUGAGCACUUCAACGCAACUGCCGAUCUCCAUCCAAACCGACGGCAAGCAUUAUUUGAAAGAAAGGACCUGGAAUGUCUUCGACAACCCACACGGAACGGUGCUAUAUUCGCAGGGUCAUGAUUGGAGUCAGCUACAAAAUCGAGGUGCCGGAAUUCCGUUGAGCCCGAACUCACAGCUAGGAUCUCCGCUUCCCUACCCCGCCGAUUCUGCGCUCCAACUACCGUACCCGAUGUCGCCAGGCAACUACAGUGAAGCUUAUAGGGUCCAAUCGCCGGGUUCUUCUAGCUAUCCGCAGCACUCGCCCGAUAUUCAGAUGCAAGCGAUUUUCGUGCGAACUACAACAACGACUCAUCGAAGGACGACGCUGAGCCCGAGAACUGAUUAUACCUUGGCAAAAAUCGACAAAUCCAAGUAUGCCGCGAAAGCUCUAGCUAACGCGGCGUAUCGCAUGAAGAUCGUGAAGUUUCUAUACAAGCGGAUUGGAGAUAACCCGGCUGAGGUAGUCGGCAAGAUCAAAUCACCAAUCCUGAAGGACAAGGAUAUGGCGGAAAAUACGCUUCCAAAAAAUCUACCCUUAAUCCUCGAAUCAAAUGAAAAUCCCCUUACUCAAGAUGCGGCUGUAUUUUCCGUCCCUGCUACCCGAAUGAACUAUCCGCCGUUACAACCCCCAUAUUACCGAUUUUAUGGCCCCAUGUUCUACGAUUGGGCGUGGUAUCGUCGC